AUGUCUCAUCCCAGCCUCGAUCACAUCGUCAUUCUCAUCCCUCAUGACUCCCUCCUCAGCCUAUCCGACCGUCUCCAGGAUCACUUCGUUAUAGCACCGGGCGGCACUCAUGCCGACGGACUGACGUCAAAUAAAUUGAUACUUCUCCCAGAUGGAGUCUACAUCGAGUUCAUUGCCUUUGCCAAAGAUGCAUCCCCCGAGCAGCGCAGGAAGCAUCGCUGGGGAAACCUGAAGGAAAACACGAUCAUUGACUGGGCCCUCACAUUGCCAAGCGAGAGUGAUUUCACUGCUGUCCAGCAGCGAGUUCUUGACUCGAACGCUGGCUUGUCGUAUCAAGAUCCGAUUGCCGGAGGUCGAAAGAGGGAGGACGGAGUCGUCUUGGAAUGGGCCAUCAGCGCUGCGAGAGACGCCCAUGGAAACGCAAUCUCCCCGGGCCAUCUGCCGUUUUGUGGGGUGCGAGGAAUAUCCUCGGUCUCAGUGUCUGUUCCUGGGGCUCAGCUUUCUGAUCUGUCAACGGUGUACGAUGCGAUCUACACCCCUGAGGGUUCAAGGGGCCUGGAGCCUGGAACCUGGCAUUAUGAGGUUCCCUCGGGAUCGGAAGAUGGCAGGCACACCAUCUCUGUGUCUGCGAAUGAUGUGGAAGCAGAGGUCACGCUCACGUUUCAUGGAGAAAGGCCAGGCCAGGUUGAGCUUCUGCCUGGGCUUACCGUUAUCGUUGAGUAG